CAAAACGGAGUGUACAUAUGUACAAACUUGAAAGGUACGUCUCCCCACUGUCCUGUGUGCUUAUAAAGCCAGCAGCAGCCACACUUAUAACUCAUAGCCAAGCAUUGCUGACAGGAAGAGGAAGAUGAAGACCAUUGUUGGAUUUGCUCUAUUGAUCUGUGUGGCUACAGCUGUUGGAAAGCCAGCAAUGCCACAAGACCUUCCAAAAUGUCUUCAAGGAGCAUGGUAUGAAUUUGCUGCCAAAAAUGAAGCUUGCUCCAACAAAAUAUUGGAAAUAUUUCGAAAUCGAAAGGUCAAUGACAGCUACGUUGAAUCUUUUUGUGGCAGUGCUUGUGGAAAAAAAGCCAAUGAUUAUCUCAAAGACAAGUGUGGAGUGUCCCUUGCAGACGUUAUUUGUUCUAAAGACCCAAGAGACCAGCAUUACUGCUUUACAUACAAUAAAAUUCUCAAUACUUCUAACCAAUUUUCUGAAGCUCUGCAAGGACCCUGUGCCACCAAAGACUGUAGUGAUCCCACAUGCAAUGCUGCAGUGAAGAAUAUAAGUUGCUGUGCUAAAGAUCUGAAUGAGUUUAGUACAGACUUCAGUGGUCGUAUAGGAUUCCCACUACCUGGUAACUGUGUGUUUCAGGGAGAGUGUGCUAAAACAGAACGUCUGGACAUGACAAAGAUUCUCCUACAGAACUAGUAGCUACCACAAUAUUGACUGUAUAGGACAUUUGUGUGAACUAUAAUUAUUUAUAGUCAGUUUAAAUUGUAUAUCUAUGUAUGCAGUGCAAGCUGUGAAUGUAUAGUACAUGUAAACUAAACACACACAUUGAAACAUGAAAGUUAAC